UAAAGCCACGUAAAAAGCACGAAGACGUGUAUUUAGCAGUGUUUUGAUUCUAAGGAGAAGCGGUGUGCUUGUCGAGUUAUUAUACAUUAACUACGCCGGAAAGUUGAUUCAAAUUUUACUUCAAUCAAAUUCUCAGCAAUAGUUCACACUCAGGCUUAAAAUUCAGCGUUUGCAUAAAAUAAGGCAAACAUGUCUUUGGCGGAAGAACUUUUGGCUGACCUGGAGGAGGACCAGGAUAUGAAAGAGGACGAGGAAUUGAAGGAUAUGAUUUCAGCCUCAGCAGUCAAAUCUGAAGUCGAUCGAGAUUCUUUCAUGGAAGAUCUUAGCUCCACAAAUCAGCAAAAAAUAUCUCUGAAAACAGAUUCUAUCCGGCAGUUAGCAAAACUGAGGGACUCAAAGAGACUGAACAGCAUCAUGGAGCAAAUUGAACGCUUUUCUAAAAAGCCAAGGACUUUGGCCGAGAUGAGGUCGACAGGUGCAGGCGAGGCAGACCCUGAGUACCAACUCAUUGUGGAGGCUAAUAACCUUGCUGUGGAUAUUGAGAAUGAAAUAGGAACCAUUUAUCAGUUUGUGAAGGAGCGCUACUCAAGACGGUUUCCAGAGUUAGAUUCGCUGGUGGUGCAACCACUGGAAUUUAUCAAGACUGUUCGUGAGUUAGGAAACGAGCUGGAAAAUGUGAAGAACAACGAGGCUCUCCUUCAGGUUCUCACACAAGCUACAAUCAUGGUUGUAUCUGUCACCGCGUCAACCACCCAAGGCCAUUAUUUGAGUGAGCCAGAGUUGGAUGCGAUUCAAGAGGCGUGUGACAUGGCAAUCGAAGUCAACAACUUCAAGCAGAAAAUUCUGGAAUAUGUAGAAGCGAGGAUGGCCUUCAUUGCACCCAACUUGUCAGCAAUCGUUGGAGCUUCGACAGCCGCCAAAAUGAUGGGUCUGGCUGGUGGUCUGACGAGGCUGGCAAACAUGCCUUCUUGCAACAUUCAGGUCCUUGGAGCCCAGAAGAAGACCCUUUCCGGCUUCUCGAGGGUUGCUGCACUCCCACACACAGGAUUUGUUUACUACUGCGAACUUGUACAAGACACUGCACCGGACUUGCGGAUCAAAGCUGCGAGACUGGUGGCUGCAAAAUCAGCUCUAGCGGCGAGAGUCGAUGCAGGUCAAGAAAGCAAGGAUGGAACGAUCGGAAUGAAUUUCAGAGACGAAAUUGAGAAAAAGCUGGACAAGCUUCAAGAACCUGCCCCUGUCAAAUUCAUCAAACCCCUUCCAAAGCCAGUGGACCCGACAAAAAAGAGACGAGGAGGCAAGCGGGUGAGAAAAAUGAAGGAGCGAUACGCUGUUACCGAAAUGAGAAAGCAGCAGAACAGAAUGAACUUUGGCGAUAUCGAAGAUGACGCUUAUCAAAACGAUCUUGGCUACACAAGAGGCACAAUUGGUAAAUCAAGUACAGGCCGCAUCAGGAUGCCCCAAGUCGACGAGAAGACCAAAGUGCGAAUUUCUAAAACUUUGCAAAAGAACCUCCAAAAGCAGCAGCAAUGGGGUGGAAGCACCACAGUACGGAAACAGGUAUCAGGAACGGCGUCCAGUGUCGCCUUCACACCCAUGCAGGGUCUUGAAAUUGUCAAUCCACAAGCUGCAGAAAGGACUGGAGGUGAGGAGAAUGCAAAAUACUUCUCCAGCACAUCAGGAUUCCACCAAGCGCCCAAGAAACCUUAAGGUACUUCUGUAAUAAAAACUGUCUAUAAUAAACAAAACAAACUUCAUUUGGGAUUUAAAAAAA